GCUUUGCCACUUGUGCCCGAAUUUUAGAUCGUCAACAUGUCGGAGACUGCUCCUGCCGCUCCUGCCGCCACUCCUCCUGUGGAGAAGGCCCCAGUGAAGAAGAAGGCGGCAAAGAAGCCUGCAGGGGCGCGCCGCAAGGCGUCGGGGCCCCCGGUAUCCGAGCUCAUCACCAAAGCUGUCGCCGCUUCCAAGGAGCGCAAUGGCGUGUCCCUGGCUGCGCUCAAGAAAGCACUGGCGGCCGCUGGCUACGACGUGGAAAAAAACAACAGCCGCAUCAAGUUGGGACUUAAAAGCUUGGUGAGCAAGGGGACUUUAGUGCAGACUAAGGGCACCGGCGCCUCGGGCUCUUUCAAACUCAACAAGAAGGCUGCCACCGGGGAAGCCAAGCCCAAGGCCAAGAAGGCGGGUGCGGCCAAGCCCAAGAAGCCUGCGGGAGCGGCUAAGAAACCCAAGAAGGCUACUGGGGCGGCCACCCCGAAGAAAAGCGCUAAAAAGACCCCGAAAAAGGCGAAGAAGCCGGCGGCAGCUGCUGUGGCUAAGAAAGUGGCCAAGAGUCCAAAGAAAGCUAAGGCUGCCAAGUCUAAGAAGGUCGCCAAAAGCGCAGCUAAAGCAGUGAAGCCCAAGACUGCCAAGCCGAAGGUUGCCAAGCCCAAGAAGGCUGCACCCAAAAAGAAGUAGGUUGACCAUCUGCUUCUAAAACCCAAAAAGGCUCUUUUCAGAGCCACCACUGAUCUCAAGAAAAAAAAG